GAGACCCUUGCCACCUCUGGCCUUUUCUGGAAUGCCCUUCACUCUCUCUGAACUGAGAGCCACCCAAGGGAGGGCAAAGCCGCCAUGUUCACAUGGCUAGCCAUAGUUCUAGAACUCGAGGUCUGCCAAGAUGCUAGAGCCAAAGGAUGAGCAGGAGAAGGAACUUUCAGAAGAAUCAUGUGAACUGGAAGCUGCAGCAGUCCUCCCAGUAUCCUGUAUCCAACAUCUGGCCAGCAGCAAUUGGAAACAGCGGAUUUCCUCCCUGGAGACUUUUGAGAAAGCCGUGGAAGAGAUGCAAAAAACUCAGCUACCCUGUCAGGCUUUAGUGAGGUUGCUGGGUAAAGAACCAGGAUGGAAUGACACUAAACUCCAAGUGAUGCAGAAGAAGCUGCAUGUUGUCACCCUCAUUGCCCAGAAGGGAAACUUCUCCAGAACUUCAGCUCAGUUUGUCUUGAGAAACUUAGUGGAGAAGGUCGGGGAUGUUAUCUGUGGCAGCGACACCAAGGAAGCUCUGACAGCCGUGGCAGAGGCAUGUGGGUUACCCUGGACAGCGGGGAAGGUGACCGAAAUGGCUUUCUUGCAAGAAAGCCCCAGGACCCAUACAGAAACUCUCAACUGGUUGGCCAGUGCCAUCAAAGACUUUGGCUUUGAAGGCAUGGAAGCCCAGGACUUUGUUGGCUACCUGAAAUCUGCCUUGGUCGCAGUCCACCCUGAUGUGAGGGCUUCUGCUUUCCACCUCCUGGGAGUCAUAUACCUGUAUGUAGGAGCCCCACUGAGGACCUUCUUUGAGGAUGAAAAGCCAUCUCUUCUCCACAAGAUAGAUGCUGAAUUUGGGAAACUGGAUGGCCAGAGUCCGCCCCCUCCUACUCGACGCUGCCGUAAGCCCAGUAAAGAUGGGGGGAAUGAAAAGAGAGGAGGGGAUGCACAGCCCUGCUGGAGGAGUGACGUUGUUGAUAUUAGGAAGAAGAUCUCAGCAGAGCUGAUGGCAAAAAUGCAGGACACAAACUGGAAAGUCCGCAAGGAAGGGAUAGAGGAGUUGUCUAGGAUUCUCAGUGAUAUUGAUACCAUCCAGCCGAACCUUGGGGACCUCCCAACCAUCUUGCAGGCUUGUUUGCAUGACUCUAAUAAAUCCAUUGUGAAGCAGACCCUGAUUGUCCUUCAGCAGCUUGCUAGGGUGAUGGGGCCAGACAUUAAGCAUCACAUCAAGACUCUGGGCAUGUCCAUCAUUGCUGUCCUAAGAGAUAGCAAGAGCAGCUUGAGAGCAAUUUCUCUUAUGACUGUAGAAACCUGGGCUGCACAGACUGGUAUGAAAGACUGGCUGGAGGGGGAAGAUCUCUCAGCCGAUUUGAAGAAGGAGAGUAGUAGCCAUAGGCAAGGGAUUCUGGGUUGGCUGGCUGAUAAGCUACCCUCCUCCAAUUCUGCCUCUACUGACUUGUUUCGUUGUGUGCCCCACCUCUAUGCGGACUUGGAGGACAGUAAUGAAGAAAAACGCAUGGCAGCCCAUGAAGCUCUGUCCUUUUUUCUUCUGCACCUGGGUUUUGAUAAAAUGUCUGAAGCUGCAAGCAAACUGAAGCCAGCUUCCCAGGAUGAGGUGUUGGCUAUGCUAGAAAAGUUGAAAGCUGUACAGCCAACCAAGUCCCAGGUCCGCUUUUCCAAGUCCCUUCCCAAGCUCCCAACAGGUAAAUCUUGGUUCAAAUCAAACAUGGUUUCUGCCAAGGAGUGCAACCCACCUCCUUCCUUUACUGAAAAUGCAGGGUCCAGUGAAUUGAACUUGGAGAACAAAAAUGCCAGAUCAGAAGGAACUGUCCCUAAAGUGAAGAAAUUACCAAAUAUGAAGGUGCAAGCAAAGUUUGUCAUGAAGGAAGACAGCAUCAAGCCAGGCCCCAUUUUCAUCAUUAUUCCCAAGGGCAAAGAACAAAGGGCAAAGGACGAGAAGGCUCUGAAGGUGCUGAGGUGGAACUUCAGUACUCCAAAUAGCAAGUAUGUUGAGCAGCUCAAGGCUCAGAUGAGCGGUUGUGUUUCCAACUGGUUGCAGGAGGAGCUGUUUCACUCCAAUUUCCAGCAUCACAUUAAAGCUCUGAAUGUGAUGACCAAACACUUACAGACUGAGAAAGAAGGAGUCAUUAACUGCUUGGACCUUAUCCUGAAAUGGCUCAGCCUCCGUUUGUUUGACACCAACACGUGGGUGCUUAUGAAGACGUUGGACUACCUGAAAAGUCUCUUUGUUCUGCUGAUUGAGGAGAGGUAUGAGCUCAUGGAGAGUGAAGCUGCCUCCUUCCUUCCCUACCUCCUUCUGAAAAUGGGAGUGACCAAGGAGUCCAUUCUGAAAGAAGUGCGGGCCAUCGUGAAGCAGGUGACCGUGAUCUAUCCAGCUUCAAGGACCUUCUGUUACCUCUUGGAGGGAGCCCAGGCUAAGAAUGCCAACCAGCGGAUGGGAUGCUUGAAAGAGUUGGGUUGGUUGCUUAAAGCAUAUGGUCCAGAGGUGUGUCAGCCAAAUCCAAGAAAAGUUCUGAAGACAAUCAUCACAUUGACAGGUGAUUCAAACAAUGCAGUUCACAAUGCUGCCUUGAGGGUCAUAGCAACUGCCCGAGAUGUGUUUGGGAUUGAGGCCUUCAAGACCAUUGGAAACAUCUCUGACAAACACAUGAGCUCCUUGGAGGGGAAUAUAAAAGCAGUAGAAGCCAAGCAAGGUAAAGACGAAAAAUCAUGCAAUCAUUUUCCCAUUGCUAGGCAGGGAUUGUCAGACACCUUCAAGCAGAACUAUGGAACUGACUACUGCUUAGAAGAAGAAGAGGAGGCGGAGAAGAAGAAGAAGGAGGAGGAAGGUGAUGAUGACGAAGAAGAAAUGUCAUUUCUCCCUACUGACCAACCUGAGGUGGAGAAUGCUGAUGAAAUGGCCUUCUACAGCAACCCAAAACCAGGAAAGCAACUUCAAAGUGUAAUCUUUGAACCUCAGAUCAAGAGCAGCAGUUCCCCCAAUGUCAAUAUGAUCAUUUGCCAGGUAGCCAGUGGCAACAUCGGCACCUGUAUUGAGGCCCUGUUGCUGAUACAGGAGAUUCUAAGGCAGGAGAACAAAGUGAAAAUCAUGUCCGGCCAUAUCAACCAAUUCCUGAUAGCAGCAGUCCAGCAGCUGAAAUUCCUCCAUCGGCUCUAUGUGACAGCAGAAGAGGAGAUGAGAAGGGAACAGGUCCUAGAGCUCUACAGCCGUGUCAUUUGCAGCAUGAUCUCCCUCUUUCAGGUGGAGAGCCUGGCCCAGGAAGCUUCUGCUGGGGUGCUGAAGGAUCUGAUGUGUAGUCUCAUCACCCUAAUGCUGGAUUCUCCAGUGGAAAAGCCUCAAGAAGGGCAUAGAAUUAGCCAGGCAGUCAAUGUCUUGGUCACCAAGGUGCUGGAGAAAGCAGAUCAGACUAGACUGUUCAGUUCUUUGCUUCUUUUACUUUGUGAAGGCAUGACAGCCAACACAAACCUCUUUGCCUUUUCUGAAAUGGUGGCCAAAUGUUUGUGGAAUGUUGCCAAGCGCCUUCCAGAAACCAUCAAUGAUGUCAAUGUGGACCAAAUCCUGUUAGAUACCCACAUCUUUAUGAAGGCUUUGUCCAAGGAAAAGCUGCAGAAGUACCAGAGUAGUUAUCCUUUCCGGGCACUAAAGACUCUUCUGCAUACCCUUUGCAAGGUGAAGGGAGAUGAGAUCUUGGAUCACCUCAGACUUAUAGAAGACAGAGAUGAGUCUGAGUUGGAAGCCCACUUAUGGAAAGUUCUAGGACACUCCAGGGAAGAGCAGACUACCACAGAUGAGGACAAAGGCUCUUCAGCUGAGGAGAAAACUGAUGACACCCUGGCUGAGAUUUUCAAAAAGAUCAACUGCAAGGACACUGCCAGGGCAGGCCUGGAGGAAUUGUAUGAGUACAAAGAGAAGUAUCCUGCGGCAGAUUUGAUACCUUUCCUAAAGACUUCCUCUCUUCUUUUCCGGAGUUAUGUCAAGCAUGGCUUGGCAGUUAUAGCCGCAGACAGAGAAACCAGACAAAAAUAAUCACAUUCCUGCAGAGAAACCAGCUUAGGUUGAGCCUCAAGUGGUGUCCUUCACACUGUGAAGUGCUUCAAGUAAAGAGUCCCAGGUUCAGAGGGUCCUCAGUUUGGCCAGGAAUACCUUUCACUGGACCUCCCUCUCAGGCCAGGAAAUAAUUCACAAGGUGUAAAAACUAAACAUUAAAAUCACCCACCCAUCUAAAACAAA